AUGGCGAGACCGAAUAUGAUCAAGGCCACGAGACGGGCCAUCAAAGACAGUCCCAAGGAGAUCUUCAACUGGUAUCUCCUUGCGUGCACCUGCAUCUGGAGUUUCUCUGGUGUCGCCAAGGGUUUCGAUGAAGGAAACAUUGCCUCCCUCGUCAUCAUGGAGGUCUUCAAAGAGCGUUUCGGAAUCGAUAACCAGACCGAUCAUGAAUAUGCAAACACAAAAGGCUGGAUCGUGGCUAUCGCUACGGCUGGUGCUGUCUUUGGAUGUCUGGGUUGUGUUUGGCUCACCCAGCGUCUUGGCCGAACUCGCACCUUUCAGUUUUUCACUGUUGUCUAUAUGGCUGGUAUCUUUGGUCAGACAUUCAGUAGUGGAAAUCUUGGUGCUCUUUAUGCCACUCGUGUCAUUGCUGGUAUUGGCAUUGGCGCGACAACUGUCUUGCCUUCGGUCUACAUCGCAGAGAUCUCACCUCAACCUAUCCGUGGUCUCUUGACUCUCCAAUACACCUGCUGUCAACAGCUCGGCGUCGUCUUCGGUUUCUUCUUCAACUACGGUGUCACCAAAUACCACGCCGGAACAAACCUGCAAUGGCAGCUCCCUACCGCACUUCAGCUCAUCCCAGCUCUCAUCUGGGGUGUCGGCACAUUCUUCACUCCCGAAACUCCUCGCUUCUUGCUCAGCCAGAACAAGAGAACAGAAGCACUUGCAACGCUGUCUCGAUUCCGAGGACUUCCAGAAGAUCAUCCUUAUGUUCAAUCUGAGUUUCAGGGUAUUGAGAGCCAGCUGAACCAUGAGAUUGAGAUUGUUUCUGGUGCCAAUACUUGGGACUUGAUCAAGGAGACAUUCACGGAUCUUUCUAACCGACGACGCUUUGUUCUCAUGUUUGCUUGUCAUGUCUUUGGACAGUGGUCAGGCGCCAACGCCAUCACUCAGUACAGCCCUACUAUCUUUGGGUAUCUGGGCAUUGAGGGCACUGAAGCUCGCUUCCUUGCAACUGGCUGCUACGCCAUCUUGAAGUUUGUGUCGGUCCUCAUCUUCUCUGUGUUUGUCAUCGACUUCAUCGGCAGACGUCGAUCUCUCAUGACGGGUAUCACCAUGCAGAUCUUUACUCUGGCUUUCGUCGGUGCUUACCUAAAGGUCACCAAUGGCUGGACUCCCGAGAAGAUUGAGGCAAGCUCAUCUGCCAUGGCCGCUAGUCGCGCAGCUAUUGCGGCUAUCUACAUCCACGCCAUCGCUUGGUCCAUCGGCUGGUUCUCCAUUCCCUAUCUCGUCUCAGCCGAAGUCUUUCCUCUUAGAAUUCGCUCUAUCAACGUUUCCAUCCUUAUGGCUGUUCAUUGGGCCAUGUAUUUCGGUUGCUCACGUGCGAUGCCGUCCCUCUUGGCAGCGACUCAGCGUUAUGGAGCUUUUAUGUUCUUCCUUAGUAUCUGCACUGUCUCUCUUGUUUAUGUUUAUUUUGCUAUGCCUGAGACCUCUGGUCGAUCUUUGGAGAGCAUGGAUAAAUUGUUCGAGAGACCCUGGUACACGGUGCAUAAGAUCGCCUACCCUACUGCGGAUGAUUUGAAGCCUGCGGCUCGCGAGAUCCUCGAGCCUGAGAUGAAAGAUCAGGAGUCUGUAGUCUCAAAACAUGUCGAGAACAGAUAUUAA